UGUUGAUAACUGAGGAUCAGCUGAGAGACACUUCCGGUCGUGUCUCCGGUACCGGGACGCGUUCAGCUGUCUACCGUGCACUUUGUGCACGCGCGUCCGUUCAAUCAACACUGAUGAGUAAUGAUGGCGCCGUUACGCACCGGCACCGCGCGCCCCCCCCUCCAGCUCGUCCGUGCCGUCUGACCGGUGGCUGAGUCGGGAGGAAGCUAACAGCUAGCUAACGUUAGCGAGCGGCGCCACCGGUCAGGAUUCUCAUGUUCGUGUUCUGACGUCGUUCCGCGGAGCCGUUACCGUCACCAACCGGGCCGGACGUCACAUGGCCGUCGGCCGCUGCUCCGUCGGGCUCCCGGUUCGCUCGGCGGGAGGAUGCCGCCGUUAGCCGCCGUAAGCUCCGUAGCCGUUGAUUCAUGUCGGUGUUAUGUAAGCGCAGCUAACGUUAGCCUGACAACAUGACCGACGCGCAGCAGGACAUGUCCCCGGACUUUGUCCUCAUGAGGCUCGUGUCCGCGGCAGAGUACGACCGGCUGGACGAGCCCGACGACCUGAUCUCUGGAGGCGGCGGGUUCGGGCCCGUUAAAGCGGCGCUGGGACACCACGGCGUCAGGUUCGAUCUGGAGCCCGGUGGUCCCUCGGCAGGCCUCGGCUCGGCCUCCCCGCACUACAGCUCGCCGCUCCCCCGAAAAGGCGACCUGGACGGCGGGCUGGUUUUGACGCAGGCUCCGCUGGGCUCCGAGGCGCCGCGCUCACCUCCGCCGCCCGAGAACUUUGCUAUAGCGGCGCAAAGGUUCGUGGACUUCCCGGUGCCGCACGGCUCGGGGGGACAGCUGAUGGUGUUUCAGAACUUGCUGCGGGCCGGAGACCGGAUCCUGGAGUGCGGGCUGGAGCAGCCGCCACCGGGGUUCCUCCAGGCGGAAGCGGAGAGACAGCAGCAGGAUUCCGGAUCAGGAACCGGUCCCGGUAGCACAACAGCCGGUCCUGGGCCUGGAGGUGGGAAGGACCAGAACUCACACUGUAUCCCAUCCACAGAGGAGAACUUGCAGCCGCAGCUCCUGCAGUGGCACCCGGUCCUCAAACUGUCCAAAGGUUCUGAUGGGUCUCCUCAGCGGGGGAACCCUGCUCUGGACUCUGAGCCUGGGUCGGUCCUGUGCCAUCGACACCGCCUCCUGACAGACAGACUCGCUAAAUGGCCCCCGGGCCUGCUGGAUCAAGCCUUGCACCUGGGCCUGCUGGAGCCCAGGAAGAACUGCACCACUGGGGUAAGGGACCCGGUCCUGGCUCUGGCCCGGAGGCUGGGUCAUCUGGGUGAGGGGAGGGAGGGUGGCGGGGGAGAGGACAUGGUGCCUCCACUCCCUCGGUGCUCCUGUCACAGUGUCUUAGCCUCGGGUUCGGGCGGCAUGGGACCCGGCGAGGACCCGAGUGAUACCAGUGACGCCCUGCUGGUCCUUGAAGGUCUGGGUUCUGAGGAGGUGGGGGUGCUGGGAGGAGGUGUUGAGAAAGGAGAGAAGGUGGAGGGGCUUGGUGGUGGUGGGAUUCCUGGGGGGGCAGGGCCUGUGUUCUCCAGUGGGACUCUGAGUGGUCUGAUGCGGCAGGUCCACAGACUGGCGGAGGAGGCGGGGGUGUGCACUGAUCAGAACUGCCGGUCGUCGUUGGCCGUCAGCACCACUGACACUCUCUGUCCCUACCCCCCCAACCACCCACAGGCCACUGCAGCCCCCCCCGGUGGUCUCCCAGUCUGGCUUGAGCCACUCCCGUCCACCAACCCCGACCCAAACCACUGCUCGCAGCAUCAGCAUCAAUCCCGCUCCCAGCCCCAGAGCCGCACCACCACCCCCAAACUCAGCAUGGCCUCUGGCGGGGGGGCGCGAUCUGCCUCCCCUUUAGUGGUCCUGAAGGGGGAGGUGGGAGGAGGAGGAAGAGAGGGUGAAAAGACACCGAGGAGCAAGAUGAGAAAAGGGGGGUCCCUGAAGUUCCGGCUCAGCAAGCUGUUCAGAACCAAGAGUUCCAACGGGGGGUCAGGGGGACUGCUGGACAAGAGGCCAUCGCUGGCCUCGUCCACCUCGUCCGGGGGGAGUCUGCUGGACGUGUGGGGGUCCACCUGCAGCAAUACGGAGCAAGACAGCAGCAGGCUGCCGGUGUCCAGACCCCACAGUGCCUUCUCUCCAGUGACCUUCACUCCUGCGUUCACUGGUGAGACAGUGUCUCUGGUUGAUGUGGACAUUUCUCGAAGAGGUGGGAACUGUCUUCAUCCCCCAACUCCCCCACCCCCACCCAGACGGAGCCUCAGUCUGCUCGAUGAUUUCAGCGGUCCUCCUCAACAGGGGACGUUCACCGAGCGAAGUGUUGGGGCAUCAAUGCAAUCUCUUCCCCCGCGACCGCUGGCCCUGCCCCCCUCCCUCAGCACCAUCCAGCACAGUCUGAGCCUCAAUGACACCUUCCUGCGAGGUUUACCACGGCCCGUCCCUCUGCGUCCCGCCAGUCAGCACUAUCCGCCGCGACUCACCCCCCGCUGCCCCCUCAGUCGACUCGACGCCAACAGCUUCGCCACCAGCCUCAGAGAACUGGAGAAGGUGGGGCCUGGGCCACGCUGGGGUCUGCCCCCGACCCCGGUCCAGCUCUUGUAUCCAGUCUCCAGGUUCAGCAGUGUUAAAUCUCUGCAGCAUCUCUGUCGCUUCUGCAUCAGACAGCUUGUUCGCAUCGACCACAUCCAGGAGCUGCCGCUGCCCACACCUCUGAUCGCCUACCUGAAGAAGUUUUAUUACUACGACCCAGAGGAGGAGGUCAGUCCGACGCUGACGGAGAGGGGCCAGACGGGGGUGGUCGAGUCCCAAACGUAGCACAGGAGCCUGAGACUAUUUCUUUUCCUUUGUGUUUUUCUUUUUCUGCGGAUGCUCGAUCGGCUCGCUGAAGACGUGCAGACUGUCGGCCUGGACUCACUGUGCGGUCAGUCAGCCUCCUCUGCUCUGUCCUGUUUUCGGGAGAGUUUCAGAUGAUCCUACCUCCUGCGGGCCCUCUGAUUGGCUCACGAGCAUCAGACAGGGGAGGGACAGGGGAUGUGGAGACUCUGCCUCUCUUCUGAUGUCAUCACUAGACUAAAAGGAAACAUUGCUGUUACUGACGACGCUAAAAUCUGUUAAAGAAACAAAGCAAGAAGCUCAGUGUGAGGAGAGACACGCUGUCGCCUCUGGGAUCCUGGAACAUCCACGGGCUGCGGCGCCGUCACUAUGGAAACGUCCGAAAAAACAAGCAGCCAGACGCUCAGAGUAACUUAAGCUGCUGCGACGGAGGAUUAGAGCUUUGACAAAAUGAACAAAAUAUUAUUAUUAAUAAUAAUAAUAAUAAUAAAACUGCGGAGGUCCAAGCUCAUGUUCUCUCAGGUUUGAUUAUUUAUUCUUUUUCUCUUUAUUAUGAAUUUAUCUUUCGAUAAAUCAAAAUUAUAACCCAACAUUUGAUUGGCUCUGAUCCUCCGUCACCGCUCCAACAAAGAUCUUCUAGCAGUUUUUCUACGUUCAGUUUCAAAUCUGCACACACUGGAGCCAAAGAGCCAUUUCCUCAGGAUGACCAUGAACCAAAACUCAACCAGCAGCUCGGCACGUCUGCCGUCGCACUGACUUUUACUGUAACUCACGACCACAUAUAGAAAAGUAUCAAGGGUUAAACUGGAAACGAAUCUAAAAACACUAAAUGUGAACUAUGAUUUUAGCAGCAAUGAUUUAAAGUCGUGAUGUUCCACCAGAACAUCGUAAACCUGAAUGUCUCCUGGCUCAGUGCUGAUGAGGGGGAGUGAAACCAGUACACACUCAACCAAUCAGGAGUCAGCCUCAGCUGUCAAUCAUGACGUCUUCGCCUGUUUUUAUAUCAUCAAAUAACUGAUUCAAACCAAACUGAUCAGAAACUUGAACAAACUGAUUUUUUUAGUUUGGUCUAUGUCCCAUUUGCUAACAUGGUGGAGGAGGGCAUUGAUAACAAACAUACAAAUCCUGACAACUUUCACACCUCAGUACAUCCGACCAAUCACAGCGGCCGAGGUUUCAGACGUCAACCUACAUAAAAACAGCACAAACAUAAAAAGUCAAAUUCUUUGUUUCACUUGGUCGUAGUUUAAAAAUGAGGAAUAAAGUCUCAACUAUAAAAACAGUCCGAGAUAAAUUAGACGUUUUUUUGCAGAAUAAUGAGAAACAGGAACAUGUCAACGUCAGCAGGAAACAGGAGUUCCCAGAGGCGACCAUGCCGCUCGAUGUGGUGGCAGAAAUACCAAAAAAAAGAAAGAGGAUGGAGGCGAUGACUACUGACCUACAAUGUUACCGUGAUGAUGUGUCACUGGAACAAGCUGCUGUUUGGACGAGUUUCACUGAACACUGGACGCCUGACGACCCUGCGGGGACACUUCCAUGAUGUCAUGACAGCAAGGGGGGCGGAACAUGGAUAAGCGUUAAUACUACGGACUGGAGACCUGCUGAAAACUGAACUGUUACUUUUGCUGUGGACGAACAUGAAGUAAUCUGUUAUCUUUGGUGCAGCGGCCUGUUAAUAAAAGAGUGUGGGUGGAGCUUGUGUUUGUCUGCUGGUACAUCUCUGAUACAUCUGACAAACGAUGACGUAGACUCAACCUCUUCCAGCUUAUGUCUUUUCGGUCAUGACGUAGCCUUUGCUGAUUCGUUAAGCUCCUAUCACAUGACCUCCUGGAAGAAAACCAGCCUCAGCUCACACGCCCAGUGUUCGUGAGUGGUUAUGUAUGGACGAGGAUUAAAACUGACCCUGAGCCACAACACUGUCGAGCGAUUGUUUUAGUUUGAAAACGCAGUUUCCAAGCAUGAAGUGUGAUGUCAUCAGUGGGCGUGUCCUAUACUCCAGGUUUGAAAGAGGAUAGAGACAUUUUGUCAUUAGAGGUUAGUCCAUCUUGUUACCACUGUUCACUUCCUGCAGCGCCCCCUGUUGAUGAACAUUGGUCAGUCUCAAAACGAAUUAAAGGGUGGCCUGGUUCACAGGAUGAAAAAAGACAGACUCGCUAGAGAAAGAGUUAUCAAGAGGUCCUCCUGAGGACAAAGUGUAUCGGCGUUGGAACAGAGCGACAUCACGAACACAGACAA